CUGAAGACUCCCUAAGCACACAAACAAUUUAGGCCUUGUAAGUGACCUCAACCUUGUUUAAACUGAAAACAUGAGUGAAACUUAAUUUGAGUCAUUUUUGUUUGUUUGGUAGAGACAAGGUCUUGCCCAGGCUGGUCUCAAACGCUAGCCAUCUACUCUGCCUCAGCCUCACACCCAAAGUGCUGGGAUUACAGGCAAGAGUAAUUUCUUUUCUGAGACGGAGUCUUCUCUGUCACCCAGGCUGGAGUGCAAAGGCGCGAUCUUGGCUUACUUCAACUUCCACCUCCUGGGUUUGAGUGAUUCUCCUGCCUCAGCCUGCUGAGUAGCUGGGAUUACAGUCACCUGCCAUCAAGCCCAGCUAAUUUUUGUAUUUUUGUAGAGAUGGGGUUUCACUAUGUUGACCAGGCUGGUCUUGAACUCCUGACCUCAGGUGAUCCGCCCACCUUGGCCUCCCACCCAAAGUGCUGGGAUUACAGGCGUGAGCCACCAUGCCCUGCUGAAUCGUUUCUGAUCAAUGCUUACAUUAGAUACAGAUAAAUUUUAACCCUACCGCAUCAUAGUAACCAACUAACAUGGUUAUAUAACUACUGAUUUUCCAACAGGAUAAACCAAAGAAAGGAACAGUGUAACAAAUCCAAUGAUUUCUUUAUUGUGCUUCCACAUUUUCCCAAUAGAAACUUGCAUUUGAUAUUUUGUCUCUGGAAUACUAAACCUCUUUCAGUCAGGUGUUCCCCAAUUCAAAAAUUGCUUCUUACUCAAAUAAACUCUUUACAGUUUUAUUGUGAGUCGAUUUUUCUUUCACACAUAAAACAUGCUGUUAGUAAGGAACAUGACUUAGAUCAACAUCCAGCUCCUGGUGCAGUUUCUUUUUCUGUCACCAGGGCCACCUUGCUGUCUUGCCACAGGUUCAUGGUAACCACUGGGCAUCAUUCAUGGGAAAUUGCACUCUGUAAGCAGGCCCCAGGCACAUUUUCAGCUGCAAAGUAGAGGAAGAGCAACUGGUGAGGGAGAAGGAGAACCAAGAGACUGUGGGAGAAUGGAAACUGAGCUGAGAGAGCUUCUGGAAGGUUGCAGUGGUCUACUGCAUUUCAUGUUAUUGAAAAACUGAGUCAGGCUGAUUUCAUGGAGCCAAUGAAAUGGAAGUGCUGCUGAGGAAGAUGCUGAGCUCUGGAGGUGAAAAGGGAUGAGGAAGCCUAAGAAGACACAAGUGCAGUACCUAAAACAACUUCUUGAAAUUGUCUAAUGUCGCACGUUAAAAUAAUAUGAAAGUUUCCAGUGUCUGAACUACAGUGAUUUGUCUUUAGAUUUUGAAAUAUAAAAGCCUUUAUUCUAUUUUCUUUUUUAAGAUGGAGUCUCACACUGUUGCCCAGGCUGGAGUGCUGUGGUAUGAUCUGGGCUCACUGCAACCUCUACCUCCUGGGUUCAAGGGAUUCUUUUGUCUCAGCCUCCCGAAUAGCUGAUAUCACAGAUAUGUGCCACCAUGCCCCGCAAAUGUGUGUGUGUGUGUGUGUGUGUGUGUGUGUGUGUUUUAGAUGGAGUUUCCCUUUUGUUGCCCAGGCUGGAGUGCAAUGGUGUGAUCUCGGCUCACUAGAACCUCUACCUCCUGGGUUCAAGCAAUUCUCUUGCCUCGGCCCCCAGAGUAGCUGGGAUUAGAGGCAUGUGCCACCAUGCCCCGCUACUUUUAUAUUUUUAGUAGAGCUGGCUCUUUUUUCCAUGUUAGUCGGCUGGUCUUGAACUCCCGACCCCAGGUGAUCCGCCUACCUCGGCCUCCCAAGGUGCUGGAAUUACAGGUGUGAGCCACUGCCCCUGGCCAAAAGCCUUUAUUUUUUGCUUUUAACCACUCUCCUUUUUGGGGUUGAAAGGGCUAGUUAUAGGAAAAAUCCCUUUGCUGGUGUCUUCGUUUUUUUUUUUUUUUUUUUCAGACAGUGUCUCACUCUGUCACCCAGACUGGAGUGCAGUGGCAACCCCGCUGCAACCUUGGCCUCCUGGGUUCAAGCAAUUCUCCUGCUUCAGCCUCCCUAGUAGCUGAGAUUACAGGCGCCCGCCACCACGUCGGGCUAAUUUUUGUAUUUUUGAUAAAGACAGGGUUUCUCCACGUUGGCCAGGCUGGUCUCAAACCGCCCGACUCGACCUCCCACCUCGAGGUGAUCUGACACUUUGGCCCUCGUGUCCCACUUUUUUGCCGGUUUUAGAUCCCAGCCUCCUCCUGCGGCCACAGUGGGAAAUGCAGAGAAAUUCGCUCCUGGGGCUGUCGGGGCUGGCGGGGCUGGCGAGGGCUUACUUGCUCCCCACGCCCUCCCAGUCUCCAGCUUUGCGCUCCCAGCCCAGGUGCUGCCGGUUCACAUUUUUCACUCGCAAAUCGCUGUUAACCCUCCAGGCGUGGUCCCGGGCGCGGCUGCAGAUGGAACCAGUCCCUGAAGGCUUGUGUUGUCUCUGAGGAAACAGCAGCUUUAGGUCUUAGCCAGAAGUCCUUCUCUCCUUGGAGAGGCUGGGACAGGGUUUCUUUCCUCCAGUGGCUGGACCGCCUCCACAGGCAAUCAGAAGGUUGCUCCAAGGAGGCUGCUGAAGGUUGGACUGACCUUCCUGGGACCCAUUUUCUUGAUUUUAAUUUUUUGCUUGGUAGUAAAUUGUGUUAUUUAUACUAUCAUAGCACAAGCAGAACAGUGACUUGGGUUUCACAGCUGCUGCCGGGGAUCUCGUGCUUUUUAAGUCCUGCCACCUUUGCAGAGCUAUAUUGGGUGUUUUGGGGUUUGAGGUUUUUUCUUUCUUUUCUUUUUUUUUUUUUCUUUGGAUCUUUUUAGAGAGAUGGAUCUUGCUAUGUUACUCAGGCCACUGUGCCUGGGAGUGCGACAUUUUAAUUCUCUAGGAAGUUAGGGGGCAAAACUCCUGCCUUUCAGGGAAGUGACAUGUCCUCAGUCACCUUCCUGACAGGAACUUUCCCCAUGAAGGACAAAGUUCUGCCCUUGAUCUGAAUUUUGACAAAGUGAGAGGCAUUUCCCUUCCACAGAAGAUGGGACUGAGCACGUCCUUGCUUGCCAUCCACAUGCCUGGUAAGGCUGGUGGGAUGACUUCCUCUGUUUGGUUUCUCCUACCAUGGGAUCCUAGGGCAUCACAUGCUGGACACUGCCCUUGUCCUCUGACAGCAGCCUGGGGUCUCCAGAAGCUGGGUGGAGUUGACUUAUGAGCACUGAGUGGCCUAUAAGAAGGUGCAGGUGGAGGGUGUCAUCUCCAUCCUCUGAAGGUUUGUGCACCCUAAACUUAACCAAGAGGGAGAGCCUGAGACUGGGACAGAGAAUCAGGGCAGGGUCUAGAUUUCCCCAACUUCAGGUCCACCUUAAGGUAAGGGGCCCAUCCUCACCCUCUCACUGUCAUCUAAUAGUCCCGGGAAGGGGGGCAGCUGGGAGGUGAGUUACCUGAGGCUCAGUAGAGUUCAGGCUGGGUGCCAGGGACACUCACUCCUGGGCCAUCUCCUUGCUGCUUGAGUAAGGGAGAAAUCCCCAGCCCUACUGUGUCCCAGAGGGAGGAAACACACACAGCACUUUCCAGGGAGCCCUAUCUUUGUCUCAGGGACUCCAGGCUCUUUUUCAUGUCUGGGCCCCACCUGGCACCUAUCCCAAGACUCACUCCUGAGAUGGGAUUAAGUGAGAAGCAGACGGAGGAGCCAAGCCUCCUCCCUAAGGGACCAAAUGCUCACAACCAGCAGAAACACCUACAUGCCAGCCUGAGUGGGGCAAGGAGAUACCAGCCAGGAUGUGGUCUCGAGGGCAAGUCCUCAGCUCAGAUGAGGGAAGGCUGAGGAUUGAGAUGAAGACACCCAGAAGUCGGGCUAAUAGAGCAACUGGUCCAGAGCGGGGAUACCAGGUGCUAGCUGAUGCAGUGACUGGAGUAGGGGGCAGGCUGAGCUCUGGGCUCUCCAUGGGCACAGUGAGAGUCUCAUCUGUGCAGUCACAACAGUCGCAAUGGGUGCAGGGGGUCCAGGAAGUCCUAGAGGGUCUAGAUGGGUUGAAAUAAGCCUGGCCAUAAAGAGAAAUAUGUUUGGAUUUUAUUUAUCUCAUUUAUUUUUUGUUCUCGACUUGAAAACCCUAUCCCAGGUCUGGCGAACCCAGAGUAAGGAAAGUCCAGAAGCUGCUGGAGGAGCUAUGGGAGCGUCAGCCUCCCCUCUAUGCCCCUCCCUGUGCCCUGAUGCGAACCUCCACUACAUCCCUGCAAUGACAAUGUUCACUGCCAGGACCCAUGCCCCAGGGUCUUCCUCUUCAGUCUGGGAGGCCACCAUCAGGCACGGCCCCCACCUCUCCCUUGCUGGCCCGCAAUGGAAUCAGCCUCUCCGGUUUCUGGUAAUUUCAUCAGGGCUGCAUCACAUUGCUAAAGCUAGAGAUAACAUCUCCCUGUGAGUAAAUCUUCCCGGCCACAGCCCCCUGAAGCUGGACCCAGGCUGAGAGGAGAGACUCUGGGAUGUGGGAUGAACUUAGGGGUGUGAGGGUCUACCAGACAGAAGUAGGUCGGCUGUGAUGCCAGCACAGAGCCCAGAAAUGUAGCCAUUGGAUACUGGGGACUAGGAAGAGGAGAAGGGGGCAGGAGGUGGCGGGGGCUUGCGGAGACCCUGGGCUCCUGUCCUGCUGUAAGCCUUGCUGUCUCUUGAUAUCUACAGCCAGGCCCUACAGACACCUCCAGGCCUGGGUGCAAGCAAAGACUCAUCUUUCCCAGGCCCUGGAGGACUGGUCCACCUUAACUGGGCAGCCCAUGGGGCGGGGCACUGGCCGGUGCCCCAGCCCAGGCCUCUGUGCUGCACGCACUGAGCCUGCCAUUGGGCCCCUUGCAGUGUGGGCUGCAGCCCCAAACCAUGGUCCAGGGUACCUUGGAGCCAGACAGUCCCCUCUGGGGCUGGGACUGGGAUGGUGACAAUGACUGGGAUAGUGCUGUGCUGGCCCUCCUGGCACUGGCUGUGGUGGCUGCCACGGCGCUGGCUUUACACUGGUUUGGCUCCGGGCGCGACCAAGAGGUGGCAGGACCAGUGUCCACAGACCUCAGGGCUCAACCUCAUCAGGCAGGAAGAGCUGAGCCGGCCCUGCAACCGAAGUUUAAGGUCAGUGAUGGCAGCGAGGGUCAGAGCCCAGGGCAGGGGAAGCAGGAGCCUCCAGGACGCGGCCAGCAGAGCCCUGUCCCUGCUGCAGAGCUGAGCCGGGUCCUGGCCGCCACGGCCGCACUUCCACUCAAGACAGCUGGCGAGGAGGCCCGUAGAGGGGUACUGGGACAGCAGCGGGGCGGCGCCAUCCCCAUGGCCCCCCGAGCUGAAGGAAAGGAGCCUCCCAGGCCAGGCACUGCCCUCAUGGGCAGGAGCGAAGCAGGGGGGAUGUCAGCCCCCCUCCUGAUCCACUUCACCCCUCGGAGCCCUGGAAGCGAAGCGGAGGUGCAGGCGGAGGCAGGUGGUGUCAAGGCGCCCUUUCCCCAGGCCGCGGGCCCUGCGGGGCAUCAGGACACCGGCCCCUGGCAGGCGGGCGCGGGGCCCUCGGGCUCGCUGGGGAGAGGCCGGGGCCGGCGACGGCGGAUGGACGCGGGCUUAGGAGACAGAGCCCGCCGCCCCCGGAAACUGGACCAGCUCUGCCUAGGGGCCGCGGGGAGCGUGUGGGACGCGGUGGAUGAGGCUGCUGCCCUGGACGCCCACGCGCGCGGCCUCCCCACAGGAUCCCUGCUCGCUCAGGAGACCACACCCCGCGCCGGGCAGCCUGGGUCCCAGACCGAGGGUUCUGGGGCCAAGGCUGGAGGGAGCAGGGAGGCUCCGGGGGUCCCCGCCCCCGGAGAAGGCUGGCCCUGGGCCAGGAGAGAGGUCCCCGGCACCCGGAACUCCCACCCGGCCCCAGGAUCCACGCGCACCUGGCUGGAGAGUCCGCCUCAAGGACUCUCACUUUCCUCUCAAGGGCCAGGGGCCACAGGGGCCUACGCUGCGGGCGAGGCCGGGGCUUACGGCUCGCGAGUGGACAGUCGGGCCACUGACCUGGGGCCCACGGCAGCAGUCCGUCGCAACCGCGCCUCCUCCCCGAGCCGUGAGCCCCAACCGCGCUCUGCCUCCCGGCCUGCGACUCCGGGCCCGGGGGUCCCACCUGAAGCCCUGACUCUCCCGACCCCCUCUCCUUCAGAUUCUUUGCCCCUGGGGGUUACCCAGGGUCCUUCUGUGGCAGAAAAUCUCAGAGCGGCGCCAGCCCCAAGUUCAGCCUCAGCCCAAGUCUUAAUUUCAGCUCCAACCUCAGUCCUAGCCCCAGCCCUAGCCUCGUGCCCAACAUCGGCACCAACCCCAGCCCCCAACUCAACCUCAUCCUCCACCUCAGCCCCAGCCCCAGCUCCAACUUCAGCCCCAACUCCAACUCCAGCCCCAGCCCCAGCCCCAGCCCCAACUCCAACUCCAGCCUCAACUCCAGCCCCAGCCCUAGUCCCUACCCUCACCUCAGCCCCAGCCCCAGUUCUAACUUCAGCACCAACCCCAGCCUCCACCUCAACCUCAUCCCCCACCUCAGCCCCAGCCCCAGCUCCAACUUCAGCCCCAGCCCCAGCCCCAGCCCCAGCCCCAACUCCAGCCCCAACUCCAACUCCAGCCUCAACUCCAGCCCCAGCCCUAGUCCCUACCCUCACCUCAGCCCCAGCCCCAGUUCUAACUUCAGCACCAACCCCAGCCUCCACCUCAACCUCAUCCCCCACCUCAGCCCCAGCCCCAGCUCCAACUUCAGCCCCAGCCCCAGCCCCAGCCCCAACUCCAGCCCCAACUCCAACUCCAGCCUCAACUCCAGCCCCAGCCCUAGUCCCUACCCUCACCUCAGCCCCAGCCCCAGUUCCAACUUCAGCGCCAACCCCAGCCCCCACCUCAGCUCCAACCCCAGCCACAUCCCCUGCCCCAGCUGGCGGGUCAAGGGCUGUAUCUCAGGAGAGUGUGGUUCUCGCCAGGCGCUACCAGGAGGGUCAGGUCUCAGCCAGCUGGGGAAACCUUAUUGCCAUGGUGCUUAGACGCCACCCCUUCCCCAGGCAAGACAGGCCCCAAGGGAGUGUCCCAAGGGCGGUUCCUGGGAGUUCUGAGGAUCCCAGCACUUGCACUCACUCUAAGGACAGACAUGGUUCCUCUUCUUUAGUGGGGAUGGUAAUGGGGACAGGUACAGGGGCCCUGGUUGAGGCUCGAGGUCAGCCAUGGCCAAGAAGCUCCGAGACCAAGGGAGUGCCCAGCUCAGACCCUUCCCCAGGCCUAAGAGGAGAGGGAACCAGGGAGAAGAGUCUAGACUUGCUGCCCCAAGCCGCAACGCCCAGGGACUCCGCACAGCCCCCUGCGCAGAGGCCGUCUGGCCCUGAGGCCUCCCGCUCUGUGAGGCACUCACAGCCGGUGCCCCAGCCACGGAAACGCAGCAGGUGUGAAAUCGCCCUGACCUCAGAGCAGAAAGUCAGGCCAGCCGCCCCAGGGGACCCCCAGGGGGAGGUGCCUGCAGAGGCGGGCAGCCCGGCCGGCCGCAGCGGGGCGCUCACAGAGAAGCAGAAGGAGGCUCGGAAACUCAUGGUGUUUCUGCAGAGGCCCGGGAGUUGGGGGGUGGUAGAAGGGCCCCGAAAGCCCACCUUACAGGCGCUGGCGCCCACCACGGCAGCGGUCCUGAGGCGGCGGCUGGACCUGGGCAGUUGCCUGGACGUACUGGCCUUUGCCCAGCAGUACGGGGAGCCGGGCCUGGCGCAGGAAACCUACACGCUGAUGAGCAACAACCUGCUGCGAGUGCUGGGAGACCCGCGCCUCUACCGCCGGCUGAGCGCCGCCGACCGUGAGCGCAUCCUCAGCCUGCGCACCCGCCAGGGCCGGGCGGUGCUGGGCGUCGUCGUGCUGCCCAGCCUCUACCAGGGGGGCCGCUCAGGGCUCCCCAGGGGCCCUCGUGGCGACGAGCCUCCUGUGGCGGCCCCUGUGCCCCUGCCUCCACGUACGCACCUGCAUGUGUUCAACCCCCAGGAAAACACCUGGCGGCCCCUGACCCAGGUGCCCGAGGAGGCCCCGCUCCGGGGCUGCGGUCUCUGCACCAUGCACAACUACCUGUUUCUGGCGGGGGGCAUCCGUGGCUCUGGUGCCAAGGCUGUCUGCUCCAACGAGGUCUUCUGCUACAACCCUCUGACCAACAUCUGGAGCCAGGUUCGGUCCAUGCAGCAGGCCCGAGCCCAGCUUAAGCUGGUGGCCCUGGACGGACUGCUCUAUGCCAUCGGUGGCGAGUGCCUGUACAGCAUGGAGUGCUACGACCCGCGCACAGACGCCUGGACGCCGCGCGCGCCCCUCCCCGCAGGCACCUUCCCUGUGGCCCAUGAGGCUGUGGCCUGCCGUGGGGACAUCUACGUCACCGGGGGUCACCUCUUCUACCGGCUGCUCAGGUACAGCCCUGUGAAGGAUGUCUGGGACGAGUGCCCAUACAGUGCCAGCCACCGGCGUUCCAGCGACAUCGUUGCGCUGGGGGGCUUCCUGUACCGCUUCGACCUGCUGCGGGGCGUGGGCGCUGCUGUGAUGCGCUACAACACGGUGACGGGCUCCUGGAGCAGGGCUGCCUCCUUGCCCCUGCCCACCCCUGCCCCCCUGCGCUGCACCACCCUGGGCAACACCAUUUACUGCCUCAACCCCCAGGUCACUGCCACCUUCACGGUCUCUGGGGGAACUGCCCAGUUCCAGGCCAAGGAACUGCAGCCCUUUCCCUUGGGGAGCACAGGGGUCCUCAGUCCAUUCAUCCUGACUUUGCCCCCUGAGGACAGGCUGCAGACCUCACUCUGAGUGGCAGGCAGAGAACCAGGGCUGCUUCACUGCUCUCCAGGGAGGCGUUGUGGGGUGGGUCUGAGAGGCCGGGGCUCAGGGAGGGGGCUGGGAUCAGAACUUCCUGCUCUUGUUUCUGGAUGACUUUCCGCUUCUGCCUUAAAGGUUGUCAAUUAUUUUGAAGCCCAGACUCCUUUCUGCCUGUCCCUCCACAGCAUGCUGUUUCCGGACUCAAUUCUGUACCUGCUUACAGACCCACUCAGGUUGCUCACACCCCCCUCUGUCUUUGGGACUUCCCAUUCCCUAGAGCCAGGGACUGAUAUGACCCCACAGACAAGGACUUGGCUCGCUGGAGCUCUGCUGAGCCGAGAGGGGUAGAAACCAUUCAGACUCCCUAUGCUCUGUCAGCAUGACAGGGAGCAAGAAAGUCCUCAGGCAACUCCUUGGCCUCUGGGAUUUUCUGCCUGUCCAGACCCGGUACGUAGCCACCUGGGUCUGUUUGGCACUGUGGAUUCUCAAGGACCUAGAACCUUUGCCUCUGAAACUGCUGCUGCCCUGCUAUCUGCAGCCCCUAUCCAUACUCCCAGCCCACAACAGGCCAGGCCCACUCCAGGCUCACCAACCUCUGCAGCCUUGGGGCUUUCCCAGCCCCUCCAGAAGCUCACCCCACUUCUCACCAACCCCCCAGCUCUAAAUGAAGCCUGAGUGUCACCCUAGUUCUGCCCCUUUCAGCUGUGUGGACUUGGAUAAGACAUUCAACUUCCGUUUCCUCAUCUGUAAAAUGUGGACAGUGGACAUCUGUCAUCCAGGAGAGAUGUGGGAGAUGAGAUUGCGGCUGUGAACACCUUGCAUGGUGUCCAGGACACACAGCACAAUCCAUGAUUCAUUUUCUCCCCUUACACACUUUGAAACCCAUGUUAGAGAGGUGAAUAAUACUGACUGAGGCCCACUCCAACCUCCACCCUGGGUGUCCCUGACUGGGCCCUCUUUUUUUUGUUUUGUUUUUUAUUAUAUGCUCUGCACCACUGGCACCAAAUACAUUUUGAUUCACUGAAA